AUGGGCAGUGUGAGUAGCCUCAUCUCCGGCCACGGCUUCCACAGCAAGCACUGCCGGGCUUCCCAGUACAAGCUGCGCAAAUCCUCCCACCUCAAGAAGCUCAAUCGCUAUUCAGAUGGGCUGCUGAGAUUCGGCUUUUCCCAGGAAUCAGGUCAUGGCAAGUCCAGCUCCAAAAUGGGCAAGAGCGAAGACUUCUUCUACAUCAAAGUCAGCCAGAAGGCCCGUGGCUCCCAUCGCCCAGAUUACACUGCCCUGUCCAGUGGGGACAUGGGCCAGGCCGGGGUGGGUUUUGGCUCGUCCACCCCACCCAAGCUCAUGCCCUUCUCCAAUCAGCUAGAGAUGGGCUCAGAGAAAGGUGCAGUAAGGCCCACAGCAUUCAAACCCAUGCUGCCCCGGUCAGGAGCCCUCCUCCACUCCUCCCCGGAGAGUGCCAGCCACCAGCUACACCCUGCACCCCCAGACAAGCCCAAGGAGCAGGAGCUGAAGCCCAGCCUGUGUUCUGGGGCGCUCUCCGACUCUGGCCGGAACUCCAUGUCCAGCCUGCCCACACACAGCACCAGCAGCAGCUACCAGCUGGACCCACUGGUCACCCCUGUGGGGCCCACCAGCCGUUUUGGAGGCUCAGCCCACAACAUCACACAGGGCAUCAUCCUCCAGGACAGCAACAUGAUGAGCCUGAAGGCUCUGUCUUUCUCCGAUGGGGGUAGCAAGCUAGCCCACCCGGGUAAGGCGGAGAAGGGCCCCUCGUGCGUCCGUGCCCCGAUCUCCACGGACGAGUGCACCAUCCAGGAGCUGGAGCAGAAGCUGCUGGAGAGGGAGGGUGAGCUCCAGAAGCUACAGCACAGCUUUGAGAAGAAGGAGCUAGCCUCCAGCCAGGUCUAUGAGGAGCGGCAGCGGCGCUGCAAGGAGGAGCUGGAGGGCCUGGAGCAGAAGUGCAACAGCAAGUUGAAGCAGGCCUCACAGAAGAGCCAACGCACGCAGCAGGUGCUGCACCUCCAGGUGCUCCAGCUCCAGCAAGAGAAGCGGCAGCUUCGGCAGGAGCUGGAGAGCCUCAUGAAGGAGCAGGACCUGCUGGAGACCAAGCUGAGGUCCUACGAGAAGGAGAAGACCAACUUUGCCCCCGCACUGGAGGAGACCCAGUGGGAGGGGCGUGGUGCUGCCUUCCCCAGGCCAUCCCACACACGCUGGCCCAGGCCUGGCCCACAGUCCAAGGUGGCAAAUGCCCUGUUUGGGCUGCACCAGCCCAAGACCCAGGGUGGCUCGUGUGGCCCAAGGGGCCACCGCGCCUGUCUCCUAGGAGCUCUUGCUGAGCCUUUGGGCCCUGCCCUGUCCCGGGCCUCUACCUGCGCCUCCUCUAUCGACCAUCUCGGGGAGAGUUGCCCAAGGCCUUCUCAGUACCAGCCUGCCGAGUUCACCAUCGACCAGUAUUCCUUAGUGCCCGUGGCUCAGAUUCAAGACCCCGAGGGCCCCGACUCAGGCGGCAGGAUACAGAAGGACAAAUGGAGGAUUACCAACACCAGGCAGCCGUGGGGCACAUGA